AUGCGCAUUAACCCUAGCGCAACUACAAAUGCACUACAACAACUCAAUGCACUUAUGUCCAGAACCAACAACGCAGGAGUCCAAACCCGCAGUUGGAAUCCUAACGUUGCUCCCAUCAAACUCAACAACGUGCAAGGAGGGAUUACCCUCAAGAUCCAGCACCCUCCCAUGUCUGAGUUCUCUGAUGUCCCUAUCAUGCCCAGCAACCCCAAUAGCUCCAACAACACUGUACCUAGCACAUACAACCUCUUUGACAGUUCCCCCACCGUACUACCCACCAAUACCGGCACCCCAGACCUUACCUACUCAAUGAUCACCCCAACAACACCCAAACCAACCAUUGACAAACUUUGCAAACAAUUCAAACAGCUAUACCUCAAUGAACCAUUGAUCCCCAAACAGCCAAACCCCACCUUGGCGUUGUCCGGAGAUAUGGAACCAACGUGGACGUUCAUCAACAAUGAACUGCCAAUGCCAACAACCAACAGUCCUACCGUUGCGGAGGUGCUAUCCAGGCCAAACGCAGAGGAAUGGUGGAAGGCAAUGGCCAAGGAGGUCAGCACCCUUGAACAAAUGGGAAUGUACAAACUAACAGACUUACCACCCAAACGCAAGGCAAUGGGGAACAAAUGGGUCCUUGUACUCAAGCACAACAAGAACGGCACUGUUAAGAGUUGUAGCUAG